GGCUGCUGGAGAAUGAAUAAAAUUGUACAGUAUAUUCUGAUGUGAGAGGUUUAAAAAAAAAAAAGCAAAAGAAAGAAAGAAAGAAAAGGAGAAAAAAAAAUCCUCUCUGCUCCUCCAACCCGCCAGCCCUGGAAGCCAGAGGCACCUCCACAUCUUCCCAAAAUGGCUACAGCUGUGCACAAGCCUAUCAAAUGGUGAGUGGGUGCCCCACAUCUGGGGGGUGGCAGGUCCCCCCUCCCCCAGGCAUGGGGGGCAGGCGAGCGCAGGGAGGAGAGGGAUGGAUGCCUCGCCUUCUCCCCUCGGCGUGGAUGGCUUUGCAGGGCGCGCGAGGGAGAGCGGCGGGCAGCCGAGGGGCUCCGGCGUCGCGGCUCCUGGUCCUUGCGAGGGAGGGAGGGAGGGAGGGGAGGGCGAAGGGGGGCGGAGUGGGGGUGGGUGAGGGGCUCGGGAUGGGAGAGGCCGGCCGGGCUUCCAUUGCAGCCACACGGUGCAGGUGGGGGGCGGCUGCUGCUGCUGCUACCGCCGCUGCUGCCAGAGGGGCACGCCGGAGAUGGGCGCACCGGGAGAGGGUGCCAGUUUGCGCGCGCCCCUGUACAAAGCGCCCGGCAGUUGUGGUGGUGGUGGUUGGUGGCUGGGGGGGGGCGCCUUGGGGAGAGACUCCCUCGGGGGCAGCGCGAGCGCGCGCGCGGAUCCUGAGUGUGGGCAGGGUGCCCGCCGGUGUUGUGUCUGGGUACCCUCCGUGCGUAUUUGCGCGUGCAAAAAGGGUCUUGCACAACCGGCAGCCGGGCAUGCACCGGCUCCAAGGGAACAGGUGUGCGGAGGUUGGGUUGGGGGGUCACCUCGGCCGCGCCCCCCCCCCAACCUCUGCGCCCCUUCCCGACUGCCCCUGUUGUCAGAGGGUCUGUGUGCAAAAGGAUUACUCUGCGGUGGGUUCCUUCCCAGGACCAAGGGGUUUGGGCAUCUGGGGUGGGGUUUGUUUUUCUUCCCUCCCUCCGUCCCCCCCCCCCAAAAAAAACCCAGGAUGCAGGAGCUAAAGGCCAGAGCCGCUUGGCCUCCCAGCCCCGGUGUGUGUUUAACAAUUGCUAUAACAUUUUAACAUGAAGGUUUGGUUUCCAAAAAAACCGGGACAGACUUGGGUGCCAAGGCUGGAAUGGAAAGCCAGUCUGCCCCUCUGAGGCGCUUGUGGGAUGGCAGGGAUUGGUCAUUGGCGAGGGGAAGGCCCUCUGUGUAUGGGCAGAGACACUCUUAUCCUUACUGUGACGCUGUCCUGAAGCCUUGUCUUUGAAAGCAGGGGGAGCUUUCACACAAAUCCACCCUUUGGGGUACCAACCAGUCUGCCCUUCCUGGACCCCUUGUUUUGCGUUUUAUCAUAAGGGACCCACGAGGGACAUCUAGUCCAACCCCCUGCAAUGCAGGAAUCUUGGCUGAAGAACCCCUGACCUCUGUUUAAAAGCCUCGAAUGAAGGAGGCUCCACCACAUUCCUAGGGUGUCAAAGAACUCUUACCACCAGAAAGUUCUUCCUAACGUUUCAUCGGAAUCUCCUUUCUUGUAACUUGAAUUUAUUGGUUCAGGAGAAAACAAAUUGGCUCCCUAUUCCGUGGGACAGCCCUUCAGAUAUUUGAAGAUGCCUACCCUACCCGCACUCAGUCUUCUCUUUUCCAGGCUACACCCCCCAACUCCCUCAACCGCUCCUCAUAAGGCUUGACACCUUCCCUGCCUUCAUUCUGGACCCCUGUCCUCACUUUGUGGCAAGUAGUUCCACAGGUGAAACCGCCUCUUCCCCCUCACCUGCCUUGCCCCUCUGCAGUACAGAGAGGGAUACUCCUCAGACACCAUCACCCCCAUACACCCCAGGCCUGCUAUUUCCUGAUGGCUCCAUCAAGGCACUUCUUCUGGUGCAGUGCAGGGUUCACCUAUGGAACUCCUUCCCACAAGGCAGGGAUGGCCACCAAACUGGAUGGCUUUAGAAGAGGAUUGGCCAGGAUGGCUCUGCUCUGCCUCCAGUAAAUGAUUCUGCAAACCGCAGGAGGGGAGAGGGGGGCUCUUGCGGUCAAAUCCUGCUUUGUGGGCUUACUACAGUUAUCUGGUUGGCUACUGCGAGAACAGGAUGCUGGAAUCACUGGGGCACUGGCCGCAUCCUGCAGCCUCUUCUUAAGGGUGCAUAUGAGGCUUAGCCACAUGGGCCCAGGGCACACAUUUGCAUGAUGUUUGCAUAUGUGAAGUUAUACAUAUAGAUGCAAUUUCCAGCUGACUUUUGGGGGGACACAUGAGAAAUUCUGGGUAGCAGGGCAUCCUCUGUGCAAUGGGAUGGUGUCAGCAGGUUUUCUGAGCCUGGGACGCUGAAUGUGGUGGAUUGGGCCCUCCUCUGCUCCACCCAUAAUCUGUGGCUUAUGUUCCCUGGAAAACUGAGAGGCCUCUGGACGGAUUAAAGGUAAAGGGACCCCUGACCAUUAGGUCCAGUCUUGGCCAACUCUGGGGUUGCGGCGCUCAUCUUGCUUUAUUGGCCGAGGGAGCCGGCGUACAGCUUCCAGGUCAUGUGGCCAGCAGGACUAAGCCGCUUCUGGCGAACCAGAACAGCGCACAGAAAUGCCGUUUACCUUCCCACCAGAGCGGUACCUCUUUAUCUACUUGCACUUCGUGCUUUUGAACUGCUAGGCUGGCAGGAGCAGGGACCGAGCAACGGGAGCUCACCCCAUCGCGGGGAUUCGAACUGCCGACCUUCUGAUUGGCAAGUCCUAGGCUCUGUGGUUUAACCCACAGCGCCACCUGCGUCCCUUAAUCUGGACGGAUUAAGAUGGCUUUACUGGGGAGAGGGGAGCUGCCUCUCUGGCCCUGGGCUUUAAUAGAAAAAAGUUACUUAUGGGGCAUUUUAUUUUGAAAAAGGAGGGAAAUGAGCAGGAGAUCUGGGCCCCUUGCAAAAGGCCAGAGUUUCAGGUCUCCUGAGCUACCCCCCUCCACAACAUCUCUAGGCUCCACAUGUUCUUUGUUACUGCCCUAGAACCAAAAAAGGGAUGUGGGUCACCUCCGCCCGUAUCUAUGUUUGCAGUUGUUUAUUUGGAGAGAGUCUGCUUUGGGAUUGAGCAUCUCACUGCAGUGGUGCAGCCAGCCAGGCCCUUUGGGCUUUUCAGUGUUUAGCAACCAGAUUCUUGCUGGUUUGCACUUGAUCUUCCCUGAGGCUUCUUUUGAUAGAGUUCCAGGUCAGAGACCUCUCCAGGUUUUGCUGCUUUGAGUCUUUGUCAGCAAACGUGUGAGGGAUUCGGGGUUGAGUUUCUGUUGCUUUAUACGUUUGGCCUUCAAGUAGGGCAAGAGAAAAGCAUUCAAGAACGGAGCAGCUGGUUCGGCCCAGAACUUCUUGCAGUUUAAUCAGCAUGAGCUUUGCAAGAGCUCAGCUGUAGUUUGGGUUAAGAAGCAUGUGCUUUGCAAGAGCUCAGCUGCAGCUUGACAAGCAGAAAACACGCCUUGUAAGGUGUAAAUAUGACAACAAGAAGAAGACAACUGUCUGAGUGAUCUUGGCUCUUAAGAGAGGUGCAGAAAUGUGGGCCUUUCUCCUUACAGUUUAGGCGAAGAUUUCUACCGGGAAGCCAUUGAGCACUGCCGCAGCUACAAUGCCCGGCUAUGCGCAGAGCGGAGCAUGCGCCUGCCCUUCCUCGACUCCCAGACGGGGGUCGCCCAGAACAACUGCUACAUCUGGAUGGAGAAGACUCACCGGGGACCAGGUAUGGGGUCUAGGGGCUGCGGGUGCUCUCUGAGGAGGGCACCCUGUGCUGGGCGCUGUACAUAGAGCGGACCCUUCUCUGGGGGCCUUGGGGGUCCGCGUGUGUCCGGAGGAGGGUGGGGGGAGAGGGGAGAAGGAAUGUGCAGCAGCCAUGAAAAGGGCAAAUUCCAUGCAAGGGAUCCUUAGGCAAGCAACUGAAAAUAAAACUGCAGGUAUCGUAAUGCCCUUAAACAAAUUGAUUGUGUGGAGUAAUGCAUUUGGAAUAACAGGAUCCAGUUCUGGUCGCCUUGACUCGAAAAGGAGUUGGAAAAGGUUCAGGAAAGGGCCACCAAAAUGAUCAAGUGAGUGGGACUCCAAGAAAGGUGGCAACGUUUGGGACUUUAGUUGGGAUGAAAGUAAACAAGUCGUGCUAUGGAAGGAAGGACAGAGGAAAGUUUCCCUCCCUCUCUUGCCGGUUUCCCACACGCAGCUGUUCAGCCUGGGCUGGAUGGGCCCGUGGCCAGAUCCAGUAACCCAUUCUCAUGUUCUUAAGGAACUGCGUGAAGGGGAGGCAAAAUGCAGCCAGGAAGCUGAGAGACAGAGAACUUUGACCUCAUGUGGACUAGAGCCUUGAAGGUGGCAUUGGAGAGAUGCAGGCUGGGAGACUCAGGCGGCCCCCACGGUCUUGACUCUUCCCCUUCCCUCCCGCAAAGUAGCUGGACAAAAACGAAAAUCUAAGUUUUGCCUCAGUGGCGGAAAAAUGACGAGGGAUUUUUCAAGGGGAUAAAUGGAUGGCAGGUAGCCAUAGCUGUUCAGCCCAGGCCAAAUCCCAAUUCCUUCCUCCACCCCACCCCCCCCUGUCCUGCAAAGUUUUGUGGGGGGGGGGGUAUUUUUUGCCGCUAACCUUCCCCUCCUUUAGGGCUGGCUCCGGGCCAGAUCUACACUUACCCGGCUCGCUGUUGGCGGAAGAAGCGACGGCUCAACAUCUUGGAGGAUCCUCGCCUGCGGCCUUGUGAGUUCAAGAUUGGUAAGGAGUGGGUGGGCAGCAGGGUGGGGAGGGGGGUGCCAGGGCAAGUGUGGCCCCUGCAUCGCGGGGCUGUAGAGCCCGAAGGCUCCCAAAGGUCAUCCAGCCCAACCCCGGAAGGCAGGAAUCGCAGGGGGCAGGCUGUGUGUGUGUGUGUUUAUUGAAAAUUUCAACAUGACAGAUUAUCAAAACGUAUCUUCUUUUCAUGCCCUCCUCAUUCUUUUCCCCUCCCCAAAAGGAAACCCUCCCUCGCCCCCCCACCCCCGAGACGUCCCUCAGUUCCUCUCUCUGAUUUUUCAACACAUAUUAUUCUCUGCAUAUUAUCAAAUUGUCAAGAUCUUUGAAUCGUCUGUCUAUUAUGUUAACAGCCAAUAAGUUUGUGUAUGUUUAUUCGAAACCUGCCAAGGAGUCCAAUUCAUUUUGUUGUUUCUUUAAGUACUUUGUAAAAGGUUCCCAUCAUUCUUUAAAGUCACAGUUGUCCUUGUCCCGUUGUUUGUGUGUCAAUUUUGCCAGUUCCGCAUAGUCCCUCAAUUUUUCUUGCCAGUGUGAGUGUGUGUGUUUGGAGAGGGGGGUGUCCGGUGCCACCCCAGGAAGGUAAUCUCAGUCUAGUAAGGUUGCAGAUCAGAAGCAGAGCGGAGCAGGGAAAAUACUUAAGAUUGUAGCUAAAAUAUGGGGCCAGAAGGCUCUCAUCAUUAUUUUGGCCUUUUAAUAAAUAAUAAUAAUAAUUUUUUUAUUUAUACCCCGCCCUUCCUGGUUUAAAAACCGGGCUCAGGGCGGCUAACAGCAAUUAUAAAACACUGAUUAAAAUGCGACUUAAAAACAGCAUAAAACACAACAUAAAAUACAGCAGCAAUAUCAAUAAAAUUCAAAAAUUCAGGGGUAAUUUCAGGGGCAGGGACCCAGCCAGUAGACAUCAAAUGAUCACCAGGGCUAACUGGCCAAGUUGGUCCUACUAGGGCCAGCAAGGAGACCAGGGAAGGAUUUAAAUGUGGGGUCCCAGAAAGGGUUUCUUCGUAGAAGAAGAAGGGGGAAAGGGAAUAGAGAAUCAGGCUAAUUCAAAUUAAAGGCCAGGCGGAAUAGCUCUGUCUUACAGGCCCUGUGGAAGGAGUUUAAAUCCUGCAGGGCCCUGGUCUCAUGGGACAGAGCAUUCCACCAGGUUGGAGCCAUCACUGAAAAGGCCCUGGCCCUGGUGGAGGAUAGUCUGGCUUCCUUAGGCCCGGGACCUUUAAGCUAUUAUUAUUCAUGGACCUUAGGGUCCAUGUUGAGCAGGGGGACCUGUGGGUCUUCAGCCCCAGAAGGAAGUGCAAGAACAGCCCUAGAGACCCCUUCCCUAGGCUGCACACUCCCUGGCCCCAGUGCCUUCCCAGAGGGCUUCAGCCUGGCUGGGAUGUGUCCUUCACCUGAGACUUUGAAACUCCCUCUUGAAAUCAGGCAGGUGUAAUUGUUUAGCCUAUCCAGAUAUCUAGAAGUCACCUGGGUUUCAUUUCUUUUUAGCUACCCGUCUUCCUACAUUUUUAUUUAUGAUCUCAGUGUUUCAUUUUAUACUUUGGCAAACUGUUCAGAGGUUCUCUUGCAAGCAAGCGGCAAAUCUAAAUAUUGUUAAAUGAAACGAAUAAAUGAUGCAUUUUGCUUGCCUAGAUGGAUGCUGGAAAUGCAAUUUUUUUGGGGAGGGGGCACAGCGGCCUGCUUGUAGAAAACCUUGACUCUGACUGUACCUGUGAAAAAGCUCCUCCCACUUUUGCCUCUGGCUCCGCCCACCAGGAAUACAUGCCUCCCUAGAAGAUUUCCCAGGGCAAAUGCAUCUAUUGCCUGUUUUGCUCAAAUGGGCUCCUCGCCCCUGGUGUAGGCAAUGGGUCUCCCCUGGUGGAUUGGGGCCCACGACUUGGCUGCUGGCUGACCUGCAAAUGCCGGCUUGGUCCAAGGCAGCUCCCAUCAGCGCAGAUGUUCCCUGCAGCCUCAGGGAGGAUUUUUAGUGAAAGUCAGUUUGGACCUUUGGUUCCUAAACUUUUCUGGGCCUGCUUGGUUCCAUGAACUCGUCUCCAGUGCCCCACACCCUAGGGAAAAAAACACUAUUGGGAAUAGUGGUUCGCAGGACCUCCUAAGGAAGAUCACAUCCCAGUAAGAUUAAAAACAGCUAUGAUUAAUUGCACACUUAUUCAAUUGCACACUUAUGAAUUGCACACUUAUUCAAAAUGCGCUUGCAAUCGGGUGAACUUGAGACAGCGAUACUCGCUUUUAAAAGUUUGCAUUGCAAGGGUUCGACUAGAUGGACUUCAGGGUCCCUUCCAACUUUAUAAUUAUAUGGUUUUAUGUAAGAUUAACUGUAGAACUUUUAGAAGACACCUGAAGGCAGCCCCGUAUCGGGAAGUUUGGAAUGGCUGAUGUUUUAUAAUGCUUUUAUAUCUGCUGGAAGAUGCGCAGAGUGGCCAGGGCAACUCAGUUGGAUACCCAGAGUACACAUAAUAAAACGAUGAUGGAGAAAAUGAUUAUCUUUUACUCCUCCAGCCCCUGUUUGCCUCCCCCUUGCCUCUAAGCGUCCCUCUAGGUAAUAAUAGGGACGCAGGUGGCGCUGUGGGUUAAACCACAGAGCCUAGGACUUGCUGAUCAGAAGGUCGGCAGUUCGAAUUCCUGCGACGGGGUGAGCUCCCGUUGCUCCGUCCCUGCUCCUGCCAAUCUAGCAGUUCAAAAACACACCUGUGCAAGUAGAUAAAUAGGUACCACUCCGGUGGGAAGGUAAACGGCAUUUCCGUGCGCUGCUCUGGUUCGCCAGAAGCGGCUCAGUCAUGCUGGCCACAUGACCCGGAAGCUGUACGCCGGCUCCCUUGGCCAAUAAAGUGAGAUGAGCACCGCAACCCCAGAGUCGUCCACGACUGGACCUAAUGGUCAGGGAUCCCCUUUUACCCUCCAGGUAAUAAUAGAAUUGUAGGAUUGCAGAACGGGAAGGGACCCCCUGAGUCAUCUAGUCUAACCCCCUGCAGUGCAGAAAUCAGCUCCACCCCAGGGGAGGUCUAGACCCUUCCCCAAGCUGAUGGCCUGCGGGAGAUUAGGAUGGCUGCUCCCCCGCAGCCAGCCCCCAGGUGGCUAGUGGGGGCUGGUGGGAGUUGUAGUUUCCCCCCUGGGGGGCGCCCAGGUUGGCCAGAAGCUGGCCUGGAGAAUUGUGGGUUGGCAUCUGUGUGCCUGUGUGCAGAGGUUCUCUGUGUUGACCAGAUUCAGGCAGAAAGGAUGAAUUGGGGGCUUCUCCUCCUCUGACUCGAUUUCUCUCCUCCCCCAGACUGUGAGCCCCCCUUGAAGAAGGAGGGGGGGCUGCCCGAAGGUCCUGUCCUGGAAGCCUUGCUGUGCGCCGAGACGGGAGACAAGAAGCCGGAGAUGAAGGAGGAAGAGCUCAUCCUGGACUGUCCGGUGAGAGAAGCCAGAACCGCCAGGCUCACCCCUAAGCAGGCCUCGCUGAACUGUGGAACUCCCUGCCACAAGAGGCAGAGGGUGGCUUUAAAAGAGGAUUGGGCAAAUUCAUGGAGGAGGGGAGGGCCCAGAUAGUUAGAUGCCACCACAGAUGGAGGCAGCGAUGCUUCCGAAUGUCUGUCGCUGGGAACCACAGGAGGAGGUGGCGCCCUUGUGUUCGAAUCCUGCUUCCAGGAUUUCCCAUAUAACAAUCCUCUGGUUGGCCACUGUGAGAACAGGAUGCUAGACUAGAUGGUUCAGUCACCAGGAUCAUAUUAUGUUGUUGUGGAACCUCCAGCUCCAGUCGCAGUCUACCUGGAUUCCUAGGUUCUAUGGGGCAUUUGGUCCCUGGGAGGACAGGAGGCUGAAGUAGAGAAGGCCCCUUUGCCAGAUCUUGAAAGCACUCCUUGGGUGCUCAGGAAGAAUCCAAUCAGUGCAGCGAUCAUUGGGCGGCCUGUGGCCUGUGGCUGUUGCCUGCGAGAGGAGGGGUCCCUGCCCCUCUCACUUCUCUCUUCCUCUUUUUCUUUUAUAUAAAUUAUUAUUAGUUUUUUUUAACAUACCAUUUUCAACAGUAAUUAAACAUAUUUUUACAACUUAUUCAAUUUUUUUGACUUCCAUCAGUCCAGCCAGAUGGGCGAGGUAUAAAUAAAGAAUUAUUGUUAUUAGUCUGAAAAAUUUCCAAUCUAAUCUCUUAGUAUACAUUUCUUAUUUUCCCUGUUGCAUUUAGAACUCAUAACCAAUAUCUCUCUUCUUUAUCUACUUUGUAGCACUUCAUAUCUUCCUCCUUACAAAACGUCUUGUAGUCCUGCUAGCGUAAUUUGUUGGUUACAAUUGCUUUUCAAAUGGUUCAUAUACUUCUUCUGGUCAGCGAUCAUUGGGCAGCCUGUGGCCUGUGGCUGUUGCCUGCGAGAGGAGGGGUCCCUGCCCCUCUCACUUCUCUCUCUCUCGCACUUUGCAGAAGGCGCCGAUUGGGGAAUUCCUCCACGACUUGGACACGGACGACCUGGAGGAUGACGUCCCUCGCCGGAAGAACAAGGCCAAGAGCAAGGUGGGGCAAGGAAAGGGGGCAGGCAGGGGGCAAAGGCUUCUCAACCUUCUAAAGUCCCAGCCUGAAGCGCCAGCAUUACCCUUCAUUGUUAAAGCAAUGGCUGCUCAACGGAGCCUCCAGAGGCAGGGGCAGUCUACCUGCAAGUGCCCAAGGCAGCGCCUCGGCAGCAGGGAAAGGCCAAGGUUUGCUUGGGGGGCUUCUCAGAAGCGACUAGCCAGCCCCUGUCGGGAAAAGGAAGCUGGAGCUUCCGUCCAACCCUGCAAGGCUGGUUUUCUUCGGCUCGGAGCAUGGGAGCGGGGCAGUUGGAGGUUUGGGGAGUGGGCAGUCCUCUUCAAGGGGAAGUUUAGCCCUCCAGCCUCCCCACCCCAGUCCCGCUUUACGGCAAUGGGGCUCAUUGCCAAUUGGAUCGUGUGAGACGCAAGUGCCCCUGAGCACGUGCAGAGUGCUGCCGCUCCCCUCCUUAGAGCAGAGGACAGGGAAGAUGGUCCCGGUUUUGCCCGCCUCUCCAGGGCUUAGAAAGGGUCCCUCUCUGAAGCCCCUGGGAGCCUGCAACUGCCGGUCAGAGUAGACGCCCCAUAGCUAGAGGAACCAGUGUCGUGGCUCAGCGUAGGGCACUUUGGGGGAGAAUCACAGAUUCAUAGAGCGGCAAGAGGCCCCAUGGGGUCAUCUAGUCCAACCCCCUGCAAUGCACGUUGGGCCGGGAGGGGCCCCACUUAGGGGGGCAUCUGAGGAUUUCUGCCACCCCCCCAAAGACAGGCCUGCAAAGCAGCUGCCAGCUGUGCUGGGACAACAGGUGCAAAACUCCUGCCAGGUGGCGUCCCCUUCUCCUUUCUCCUCUUGGCCCCAGAAAUUUGGGGCCCUCAGGCACGGUGCAUGCUGUGGGGGCCCCUGGCAAAGGCAGCCCCCUGUAAAAUGAGGGUCCUCUUCUGCUGCCACUGAGCCUCUGCCCCCUUUUUGUGCAAAGUGGGUCUGGGAGGCACCCUAAUCUCCCCCCCCCACACACUCCUCCUUCUCUUGCAAAACCAUCCAAAGUAGGUCAGCCUCUCUUAGGAUUGGCUUCUGCUCAAAUCACAUUCCUUAAUCUGCGUUUAAAGCUGCAAACCGCAGAGGCAUGUUUUUGGAUUUCGGCAAGAUCAGGCUGAAUUUGCCUUUUGUUUUGCCCCCAUCCUUGGCCUUGUUAUUUUGCUCGACUUCGGCAUUUCGACCUUAACCGACGUGCAGUUCAGCUCUUGCAAAGCUCAGGCUGCUUAUCUCGGCUCACCUUAAGCUCGGGGAAUUCGGGGUCUGCUUCUGCAGCUCAGCUCUUGCCGAGUCCCCCAGGUUGGUUGGGAUAAUUGCCGGGGAAACUUUGCAAUGAAAAAAACAUUGAAGCUGGGAGCUGAACCGGUUGACAGACCCUUCUUAGGUUCUUAUGGAGCUUUCAAGCCCAGGUGCAGUCUAUCUGGAUUCUGAGGUUCUAUGGGAUAUUUGGCCACUGUGCAUAGCUGUCAACUUACAGAUUUGAAAAUAAGGGACCAGCAGCCUCGAAAAUAAGGGAUCAGCAGCCAAAAUAAGGGAUUUUGCUUAGCUUAUGCAGAAGUCCGCUACUCAUGGAGCCAUGCUACUUGGGCUGCCACUGUGUUUUGCAGGGGGUUGGACUAGAUGAUCCUAAGGGUCUACAACUCUGACCAAAGAAGAGGGGCAGACAAAACUGAUGAACGACGUCGAGAUGGCAAAGCUUACAGGCAGAAUUAGAAACCAGGAAGAGGACCUCUUUAAUAAAGAAUGGGGAAAGUUUAUAAAUUAGUUGAAAAGCUAUUGCCAAGAGUUACAUACAUUGGUAGGUUUGACAGAAAACUUGUAGUAAAAAUUUGAACUAUGGAUGGACAAAGGAUUUAUAAAAAUAGAGUUAUGAAAGGGAUGCAGAGGGGGAAAUCACUACAUUAAGAUGCUGCACUGGUUGGAGGGGAUGCUAAGCAGCACAUUGUGGCGGAAGUCUCGCAAGAGAGGGGCUGCCUGCCCGCCCGUUGCCACCCAUCUCCUCACGACGCACCCCUGAGGGGGAAAAGGGAGAGAAGGAGACGCGGCAGCUCAUGUGCGCUCUCGCGGCGGAGGACCUUGAGCCGCUGUUUCCCUCCCGAGGUGGCCGAGCAUGAAACCCGGGAAAUUUAAGGGACAUCAUCAAUAAGGGACAGCAGCGGGACACGGCACUGGGAUAAGGGAGUUUCCCGCCAAAUAAGGGACGGCUGACAGCUAUGCCACUGUGAGAACAGAAGGCUGAACUAGAUGGGCCCCCUUUGGACCUGAACCAGCUGGCUAGUUUCAUGUUCCCAUGAGCUCAACGCAAGCUCUUCCUCUCCCCGUCCGCCAUGCCCAUGAGGUCUAGGAGCUUGCUUUUUAUUUAAAAACAGACUGUAUCAGCACUGAGACCAGCCUGUCUCUCUUCCCCAGGCCUACGGCAUCGGGGGUCUGCGGAAGAGGCAGGACGCGGCACUGCUGGAAGACCGAGACAAGCCUUAUGUCUGCGACAGUGAGUGCCCCUUUGAUGGGGGUUUGGGGCAAGGGGUGGUGGUGGGUUGCAGUGGGGCCAGGGGAGUGUUCCUGCUGCCGCUUCCUGGCUCAGGAGAAGCAGCCCCCAGGGAUGUCUCCAAACGCUUAGAGGAGGGGGCACAGCACAGGGCGCUGAAUGGGCAGCUCUGUGGGUCUGGGGGACUUCGGGGUGAAAGCAGGGGGCGGGGAGCUGUGGCCAAGAGCCAGGGAUGGUGUGGAAGAUGUGGGGAAGCUGCUGGGAGUGCAGAAUGCUGCAGCGCAAUUGCUGAGCAGAGACAGGUCUUGUCUGCAUGUGACUCCGAUGCUCAGAUUGCCAAUUUGCUCCUGGGCUGAGUUCCAGGAGUUACUCUUAGUAUCUUGGUUGUAAGUUGCUUUGGGCUAGCAAAUUUAAUAAAUAUAACCAUGAAUAAAUAAGACCCCUUAAACACUUGGGACCAAUUUGCCUGUGAGAUUGAAUUGGCCCUACCACAAAUUUCCCCUUCUGCAUUUGGAAAAACUCCAUCAUUUAGUGUGGCAGUACCUACACUUUGGAACUCCCUGCCACUUGAUAUCAACCAGGCGCCUUCACUGCAAUCUUUGCAAACCUGUCUGAAUUUUACAGUUGUAUCCUUUAGUAAAGCGCUUUCGGGUUUCUUUUUGAAACCGAGUGGUACAUGAAUUUUAUGAAAUAAAGAGAUAAAUAAGUUGUCGUCCAGGAACGCCUGGAGUAGAUCCCUUACUGGGAGAUGGGAGUGGAGUAGGGUGGGGAAUUAGGGACAGGGCUGCAUUAGAGGCAGGGGGUAGGGUUGAUGGGUGACCCUCUUCCAGGGGGUUAAGGGCAGGGGUUGCCUCUUCCAGGGGAUGGGGCCCCCCACCCCCAGUUUACCCAUUUUGAGAAAGUCCACUGGGUGCCAGCUCAGUGGCAGAGCACAUGUUUUGGAUGCAGAGGGUUCUGGGUUCAAUUCCUGCUGGCAUCUCCAGUUACAGAUGGGAGAGAGCCCAAAGUUCUGGAGAGUUGCUGCCAACCAGUGUAGGCAGCACUGAACUAGAUGGACCAGUGGCAUAAGGGAGAUUCCUAUGUUCCUGUGCCCUGUGGGUUCUUUUCACCUGCCAGGGAUUCUUGAGCAUGGCGGGGCAGGGGGUUGGGCUGGAUGGCCCUCUGGGGUCCCACUCCAUCUCCACAAUUCUACGCUGCUUCUUCCUUUUCAGUCUGUGGGAAGCGCUACAAGAACCGCCCGGGACUCAGCUACCACUACACUCACACGCACCUGGCAGAGGAGGAGGGCGAGGAAGGCCCUGAACGCCACACCCUCCCCUUCCAUCGCAAGAACAACCACAAACGUGAGUGACCCUCCCUGGCCACCUCUCCUUUGGCUGCAGGGAACGCUUAACCCCACCACCCGAAAGAGGGAUCAGGGUUCGAAUCCCCACUCAUUGGCCAUUAAACUCCCCGGGUGACUAGAGCCUAACCUACCUCGCAGGGAUGUUGCUGCUGCAGAGAUUAAAUGAGAACUAGGACUUGGGAAAGACCUGGGUUCGAGUCCCCCCUCAUUGGCCACAAAGCUCCCUCGGUGACCUUGGGUUAGACACAGUCCUGCUCAGCCUAACCUACUCUGCAGGGUUGUUUUGUUGUGAAGGUGAAACGGGGAGGAGGAGAAGGACCUUGGAGGAAAAAGUGGCAUAUAAAUGCAAUUUUCCUUGGGGGGAAAAGUGGCAUAUAAAUUCAAUGAAGGAACAAAUGAGAGCGUAGUUUGAAGGCCUCCAGCAUCUCCAGCUAAGGAAAGGGCUUUGGUCUGAAACCAGGAAAGCCCACCGCAGGACUACAUCUCCCAUCAGUCUCCGCUGCGGUGGCUGGGGAGGAUGGGAAUUGUGGUCCACAGCAUCCCAAGGGCGCCAGGUGGGCAGCAGCUGCUGAGAAUGCCCAGCCAAAUGGGCCAAAACGCAAGAGUCUGUCCGAGAAGCGAGCGAAGAGCCACUGCUGCCUCUAAGUAGUGCCCAAAGGGGAAUAUUUUAUCCCUAUGAGCUAUGCCUUGAAGGUGGUUUUGUGGUUUUGAUGUCAGCCUCAGGGGCAGUGGGUGUUCCUGAGGCUGUUUCCUGGGUGGGAGGCCUUUGCUCCCCUUGCUGGCACGACCCAAAGGCCUCUUCCUCUCAGCCUGUGCCACUCAGGGGUGCCCCAGUUCGAUGCCAAACCCCCUCGGGCCCAGGAAAGGUCUGUCCUGGCCUUGGCGAGGCGUUGCCAGCUGCUCUGAAUCAGCACCAGAAGCCCGAAGCUAAGUGGGUACCUGCUGGCAGCUUCCGAUCUUUCUUCCAUGCCAGAGACCCUUAGGAAAAGGAGCUGAAAACAAAGCAGCCCAUUUCACAGCGCUCUGGCGUGAACACGUUUGGGGUGUCCCGUGUACGGUCCUGGUUAAGGUAAAGGUAAAGGGACCCCUGACCAUUAUGUCCAGUUGUGGCCGACUCUGGGGUUGUGGCGCUCAUCUCGCUUUACUGGCCGAGGCAGCCGGCGUACAGCUUCCGGGUCAUGUGGCCAGCAUGACUAAGCCGCUUCUGGUGAACCAGAGCAGCGCACGGAAAUGCCGUUUACCUUCCCACUGGAGCGGUACCUAUUUAUCUACUUGCACUUUGACGUGCUUUCAAACGGCUAGGUUGGCAGGAGCUGGGACCGAGCAACGGGAGCUCACCCCGUCGCGGGGAUUUGAACCGCCGACCUUCUGAUCGGCAAGUCCUAGGCUCUGUGGUUUAACCCACAGCGCCACCCGCGUCCUGUCUGCUUUGCCUCAAAAGCAGAGGUGGGGAAGAUUUGGGAAAGGGCAGCUAAAAGAGGGAAAGGGUGCCACAUUUUGUGCCUUUCUGGUUUCAGAAAACUAUGAGAAGUUUAUUAUUUUUAUUAUGAGUUUUUAAAAAUUAUGCACGUCCUGGAGACAGCGGGUAGUUCCCCUCCCUCUCGCAUAACACUUCUGGGCAUGCAAGGAAGCGGAACGUGGGAAGGUUCGCGACAGACUUCUUUCAAAUCAGAACCAGUGAAGGCGGUGAAGGUCCUGUGUGUGUCUGGAGGCGGUUGGAGGAUGGAUGGCGGCUAACAGAUUGAGGUUGAAUCCUGACAAGACAGGAGUACUGAUUUUGGGGGACAGGAGGCGGGCUGGUGUGGAGGACUCCUGGGUCCUGAAUGGGGUAACUGUGCCCCUGAAGGAGCAGGUGCGCAGCCUGGGAGUCAUUUUGGACUUGCAGCUGUCCAUGGAGGCGCAGGUCAAUUCUGUGACCAGGGCAGCUGUCUACCAGCUCCAUCUGGUACGCAGGAUGAGACCCUAUCUGCCAGCAGACUAUCUCACCAGACUGGUGCAUCUCUGGUUGUCUCUUGCUUGGACUACUGCCAUGCGCUCUACGUGGGGCUACCUUUGAAGGUGACCAGGAAACUGCAACUAGUCCAGAAUGCGGCAGCUAGACUGGGGACUGUGAGCGGCUGCUGAGACCACAUAACACCGGUUCUGAAAGACCUACACUGGCUCCCAGUACGUUUCCAAGCACAAUUCAAAGUGUUGGUGCUGACCUUUAAAGCCCUAAAUGGCCUCGGUCCAGUAUAUCUGAAGGAGCGUCUCGACCCCCAUUGUUCUGCCCGGACACUGAGAUCCAGCGCCGAGGGCCUUCUGGUAGUUCCCUCACUGUGAGAAGUGAGGUUACAGGGAACCAGGCAGAGAGCCUUCUCGGUAGUGGCACCCGCCCUGUGGAACGCCCUCCCACCAGAUGUCAAAGAGAUAAACAACUACCAGACUUUUAGGCGACAUCUGAAGGCAGCCCUGUUUAGGGAAGCUUUUAAUGUUUCAUAGAAUAUUGUAUUUUAAUAUUUUGUUGGAAGCCGCCCAGAGUGGCUGGUGAAACCCAGCCAGAUGGGCAGGGUAUAAAUAAUAAAUUAUUAUUAUUAUAAUUAUUCAUGCAGCACAGAGUGAAGCCGCGGAACUCCCUCCCACUGGAGGCAGGAAUGACACCAACUUCUGCCCUCCACAGUCGGAGGAAGCAAUGAUCCCAGAUGCCAGUUUCUGGAACCCCUAGGAAGAGAGAGUUGCACUUGUGCUCGGAUCGUGUUUGCGGGUUUCCCAUCAUGGGCAUCUGUUUGUCCGCUGUGAGAACAGGAUCCCGGACUGGCUGAGCCUUUGCAAGGCUCUUCUGACAUUCCAACACAGCCGCAUCCCAAUUGGCAACAGUCUUUUAGAAUCACCACCUGCCACCUCAGCUCCUUGGCUCCCUGCUUCUUACAGAAGCUCCACCUCUGCUAGGCUGUUGCACGUUAAGAUUUUACAUACGUUUGGUUGAAUUAGCAUAUGCAAAGUGCAAUUACUGGGUGUCUUCACGUCGCUGCCUUGAGAUGGUGGCUGCACUGUUCCUUUCCCUUCCUCCCCCCACUGAGUGAGGGUCUUCAUUUUUAACACCCCCACCCACCUGCCGAUGAGGUUGCCACGGCAACCUGGUAGGUGGAGUUGGCAGGUAUAAUAUUUCCCCGGUUUGGUCUGAUUUAUCAUUUCAAUUAAGUUGGAGACGCUUGGAGGAGCCUUGCCGUUGGUGGGGGUUGUUGUGAGGAGGGGGCCUGGGGUGGGGGGUGGGGGAGACAGCCCUGAGGGAGGGAGCAGCUGAUCUGCAAACAGGGGAGAGGCAGAGGAGGUCGGGUCUGGUGCUGGUGGACUGAAUUCAUAUCCUGGAGCCAGCUCCAGGGGGCUGUGGGUGUUUGUUGUUGUUGUUUAGUCGUUUAGUCAUGUCCAACUCUGACCCCCUGGACCAGAGCACGCCAGGCACUCCCGUCUUCCACUGCCUCCCGCAGUUUGGUCAAACUCAUGCUGGUAGCUUCGAGAACACUGUCCAACCAUCUCGUCCUCUGUUGUCCCCUUCUCCUUGGGCCCUCCGUCUUUCCCAACAUCAGGGUCUUUUCCAGGGAAUCUUCUCUUCUCAUGAGAAGGCCAAAGUCUUGGAGCCUCAGCUUCAGGAUCUGUCCUUCUGUCCUUCAGAAUGGGUAGGUUUGGUCUUCUUGCAGUCCAAGGGACUCUCAAGAGUCUCCUCCAACACCAUAAUUCAAAAGCAUCAAUUCUUCGGCGAUCAGCCUUCUUUAUGGUCCAGCUCUCACUUCCAUACAUCACCACUGGGAAAAACAUAGGUUGAACUAUACGGACCUUUGUUGGCAAGAUGAUGUCUCUACUUUUUAAGAUGCUGUCUAGGUUUGUCAUUGCUUUUCUCCCAAGAAGCAGGCGUCUUUUAAUUUCAUGGCUGCUGUCACCAUCUGCACUGAUCAUGGAGCCCAAGAAAUAUAUAUUAUUAUGGGUGUUUUGCCACCCAUAAUAAUAUAUUUGUGGGGACUGCCCCCCAAGUCAAUGGGCAAAGCUGAAGCCCUUCCUUGUGGGCACCCACAGUCUUCAGCAUGAGAGGGUGCCUAUUCCAGGGUGGGUGCCUUUGUGCAAAUGCACACAGAGGUUCAAUUUGUGUGAAGGCACACGGAGGCUUCUUGAUUCCAAAAAGUCUUGUGUUUGUGUGUGAGAGAGCGAAAACCCUUUCUUGGAGGUCAGAAAUGAAAAACAAGUGGCACGGAUGUUUAUAGACGCAGAGAAGGCCUUUGACAGUGUUUCGUGGACUUUUAUGAAGAAGACAAUAGAAAAGAUGAACUUUGGGGAGGUAUUUUGCAGAGGUAUUGAGGCAAUCUGUUCGGAACAACAGGCCGCGCAAUGUGAUAACUGAAAAGUGUAAAAUAAUGAGGGGACAACAAAAGGAUGUCCCUUGAAACUGUUAUUAUUUAUUUUGCCCACUCGUCAGUGGUCCUUCAGCUGCGAUCCCUGCAUUUCAGGGGGUUGGUGUGGAUGACCCUUGGGAGCUUCUUCCAUCUAAACAAUUCUAUGAUGCCAUGAAAACUCUGUGCAACUUUCUGAAUAUCCAAUGCUCUCUGCGUUGUGUUGUGUUGUGUUGUUGUGUUGUUGUGUUGUUGUUGUUGUUGUUGUUGUGUGUGAGAAUCUUUGUCCCACCGGCUGAGUCCCACCUCUGUGAAUCAUGAGAUUUGAAGCAGUGUGCUCUGUGUGUUAUACAUGCGAUGGAAGGGAAGUUUGUUUUUGAGGAGGGGGCGGACAGGUGCAAUAACACACCCCCAGCAACGAUCUAGGAAUCUGCUGUCUAUUAGGCCAUUUAAAAUUGCUGUGUUUGAGAGAGCACUGAGGCAGUGUUGGGGGGGGCGGGGGGUGCAUUGCUAAGGGAGACUGAAUGGAUGUGAUUUUCCCCCUCCCCCAUUUUUCUGAGGAGGGGGGAACAACAUGGGGGGGCAUGAACUGCACAAGGAAACGGGGUGUGGUUGACGGAAGUCUAGCUUUCAAAGCUUGGGGGGAGACAGAGAGAGAGAGAGAGAGGAGAGUUCUCUCCUGCCCCCCCCCACUAACAUGCAUCCCAUCCUUUUUUUCUAGACAGUUGCCAUGGCUACCACCAGUGCAUACUGAUGUAGUUGGAUCUGCACAAAGAGCAGGAGAUUGGGGGAAGGGACUUGGUUAGCACCACAAUCUCUGGAGAACGAGGGCCAGGACGCCUGGGUCCCCCUCCCCACCUCAGAUGGUUGGAGGGUGGGCAAGAAAAUUUGCCCCAUUCUGACCCAGAGGGUUGUGCCUGCUUCUCUCUGGGCUGCCCCCUCUGGGAACUUGGAGGCUCAAUCCUAGAACUGGAUUUUGCCUGUUUCUUAGCUGCCAGCGCUUCUUUUGCUCUUGUCCCACCCCCUUGCUCCCCACCCCCCAAUUACGGUGCCAAAGACUCACUUCCGUGCCCCUCCACCCCACAAACCCCUCCAUCCUUUCGCAAAGCUCCCCCUCCCUCUUUUUACAUAUUCAUUUCUUUGCUUGCCAAUUCCAAAGAUGCAGAUAUAUAUAUUUAUUUAUUUUUUAAAAAACGAUUCCUUUCAUGGAAACCCGACUGGCAUCUUCUCACGCGGCUGAUUCUGAUGUGCUCCAUUUUUAUUUUUAUUUUUCCCCUCCUGCUUAUUUCCAUUUUUUUUAUAUAUAUCUUUUUGCAUGUCUGGCUUCCUCCAGAGUUUUACAAAGAGCUGAAUUGGGUCCCUGAGAACCAGCGCAGGCACACAGGUAAAAUCAUCCCUGUGAGGCGGGGAGGCAGGAGGAGGAGGUGGCCUUGGCAAGUGUGCCUGGUUCUCCCCCCUGCCCGCCAUCUCCUGGGGGGGCGCAGCUGAGGCGUCCAGCUUCGAGUCCUGGGGGGCCACCCUUUUCUUGCCUCGGUUCCCCCUUCCUCACCCUGCUGGCCGCUUCUCCAGAGUUGUGGUGAUCCACCUGCGGGGGCUCUUGUUUGAGAGAGGCCCCCCCCCCGAACCAAAAUCCAAACGCUCCCUCCUUCUGCAACCAGGAGAGAUGAAAUUCCUCUAUCUGGGGGGUGGGGGCCACUCCCUGCUCUGCUGAUUUCAUCCCCCUCCUGCGACGCAUUUCAAAUGAAUUUGGGCCAAAGAUGGGCUGCAGGGCAAGGGGGAAGGAGACCUUGGGAAAGGAGGCCUUGAGGACCAGAAACUUAGGGCACAGAUGAUGAAACUGCAUGGGCUGUACAAUACUUUGUGAUGGAUGCAUGUGUUCAUGGGCUGCCAAGCCCCUUCGCGGCAGGAUAGCUGCCCCCGCAUGAGGUGCUGAUGGCGCAGUGGGGCGUUUGUCAUGUGUGGAAGGAAGCGCCAGCCCCCUUCCCCAGCUGCAUGUGGACCAAGUGCCAGCAAAAGUCCUGCACCGCAGCGGGUUGGGCUAGAUGACCCUUGGAUCCCUUCCCAGCUAUCCUAUUCUGUGAUGCUGUGAAAACUCUCCAUGCACUGGGAGGAUGCGGUGAAUGUGUGGCCAGGCAGGCAGGCAGGAGGGGGACUCCCCCGGCCCUGUCCUGCCUGGGGGUGGCUAGGGGAGGGAGGGGGGUUCUGGGGUGCACAGGGAGGCCUGUGUGGCUCCCCCCUUGAUUUCGGCCUCUCCUUGCUGUUGUCUUACAGCUAAGAAAGCACCGGACGGCACAGUCAUACCAAACGGUUAUUGUGAUUUCUGUCUAGGCGGCUCCAAGAAGACCGGCUGCCCCGAGGAUCUCAUCUCCUGCGCGGAUUGUGGCCGUUCAGGUGAGGCCGGGGCUGGCGGGGCGAAGUAGGGGGAAGGGCUUGGCCCACGCGGGGCAGAGCGGAGCGGGAACCUGCCUCCAGGGUAUAACAUGGAGCAGCAUCAUAGAAUCUCUGAGUUGGAAGGGGCACUCAAGGGCCAUCUAGUCCAGCCCGCUGCAAUGCAGGAAUCGCAGCUAAAGAAUCCCUGACGCUCUAACCUCUGCUCUGAAACCUCCCAAGAAGAAUGGUCCACCGGGACGCAGAGCGUUUCUCAAACCGCAGGUCUCAGGUGCACAGCAGCAGGAGGCAGAAGAUCUCUGAGCACGUGCAGAGUGCCACGGUGGGUGGCUGUGUUCUUUGAGGUGUGUAGCUUUGCUAGAGACAAGCAUUUCACGGCCAACGCAGCUGCGCCACAAAGGGCUUUUGUCAGCUUGGAAAGAAACGACCCCGUUCUGGUGAUCUGUGCUUAGCCAAAGUGGACUGGCUACUGCUGUGUUUUAUACAUUGGGCUUCCCUUGAAAAGUGUCUGGAAAGUUUUGAGUGGUGGAGCAGAGGGCAGCGAGGUUAACUGGGACGUGCUGUCAGCAAGCAUCUCCCUCAGGAGCCAUUGCUUGACACACACCCCUUCGUUGCCACAUGAUAAUUUGGAGGGGUAAAACCACUGCUGGUCUGGAGCCUCUGGAUCAGGCCAAAGGAGGCCCAUUCAGUCCAGUCUCCUAUUCUCCCAGUGGCCAAUGAGGUGCCCCUCAUGGGAAACCUGCCAGCAAUACGUGAACACAAGAAUCUGGUCCUUCAUGAAGGAGCCUAGUCCUCUUUUAGAGCCCUCCGAGCUGGUGGGCGGCACUGCCUCCUGUAGCAGGGAGUUCCAUAGUUGAAUUCUGAAGAAAGGCUUUCUUUUACAGUCAUACCUCAUAUUACGUCCGCUUCAUGUUACGUUCUUUCAGGUUACGUCCCGUGGCGACCCGAAAGUACUGGAAAAGGUUACUUCCGGGUUUCGCUGCUCGCGCAUGCGCAGAAGUGCAACAUGACGUCAUGCGCAUGCGCAGAAGUGGCAAGUCGCAACCCACGCGUGUGCAAUUGCACCGCUGCAGGUUGUGCUCUUUUCAUGUUGUGAACAGGCCUCCGGAACGGAUCCCAUUCACAACCAGAGGUACCACUGUACAGUAAUACCUCGGGUUGAAGUUGUUUCAGGUUGGGCGUUUUUGGGUUGCGCUCCACAGCAACCCAGAAGUAAUGGAAUGCAUUACUUCCGGGUUUCGCCGCUCGUGCAUGCGCAGACGCUCAAAAUGACGUCACGCGCAUGCGCAGAAGUGGCGAAUCGCAACCCGUGCACACGCAGACGUGGGUUGCAUUCGCUUCAGGAUGCGAACAGGGAUCCAGAAUAGAUCCCGUUCGCAACCGGAGGUACCACUGUAUCUGAACCAUGCAGAAAAACUUCUCUCUUAUCCAAGUCAUGCCUGAUUUUAUCCGCUUCCACCAUGUCGCCUCAUACUUUCCUCUCAACUAAAAAGCCCGAGACGCUGCAGGUUUUCUUCCUGGAGAAGUUGCUCCCUCCCUUUUCUGAACCUUUCCCACCUCUGCAAUAUCCUUCUUGAGUGCGACAGAACUGCGCACUUUCAGACAAUAGGCGUCUGACCCCGGAGUGGACUCCCUCAGAAGACUCUCCUUCACGGGAAGUUUUGAAUCAGAGGUUUUGUGUCAGAGAUGUUUGGAAGUCUUAAAGAGCUUUUCCUGCAAUGGACAGCUGGCCCAUUCAGUCAUUCAUUCCAUUUAUAUUCUACCUUUACCCCCAGAAGCUCCUCCCUCUCCUCAAUUACUCAUUUGACCCCCACAACCAGCCCCCUGCAAGGGAGGUGAGGCCGAGAGGGUCAGUGACCAGUGCGAAGUCACCCCUAGUGAGCCUCACUCAGAGCCGAGUGGCGAGAUUUGAACCCAGGUCUCUCCCACAUCCUAAUCUGACGCUCUAACCGCUGCACCCGCUGGCUGGCUGCUCCUGCGUGGACUCAUGCGCUGCUCUGCGUCUCCCUCUCUCUCUCAUGCGCAGGGCACCCAUCUUGCCUGCAGUUCACCGUCAACAUGACAGCUGCCGUGCGGACUUACCGGUGGCAGUGCAUCGAGUGCAAGAGCUGCAGUCUUUGCGGCACCUCCGAGAACGACGUACGUACGUGAGCCACCGGCCGGGCCUGGAUCUGACCGCCUCCCCCCACCCUUCCAGGAGCUCAGCAAAUGCUGGGACCCCCCUCCCCAUCAUCUCCCCAUCCUCUGCCUUCGCAUCCUUAGAAUCCCUUAUUGCUCUAUCUGUUCUUGGGAUUGAUCACCUGCCCUUAAGGAGAGCCUGCAGGAUCAGGCCAGGGGCUCCUCCAACCCAGCACACCCUGGUGACCCUUAUGGGAAGCCCGCAAGGAAGCUCUGGGUGCAAGAACAGCUCUCCCCUCCUGCAGUUUCCCACAACUGGGAUGCAGCAGUGCUGCUUGCCUCAUGUGGCAGAGAGUUCCGCAGUUUUAACUCUGCGCUGUUAAAAGGACUUUUUAUUUUAUCGGUCCUGAAUCUUUUCUCUUGUUCCUUUGGGGAAGAAGUACAGUUCAGGGGAUGAAGACUCCCUUUGCCUGCAGAAGCCUCUCUCCCACCCCACCCCCCAGUGAAAUCAUGGAAUUGUAGAGUUAGAAGGGACCACAUGGGUCAUCUAGCCCAACCCCCUGCAAGGCAAGAAUCUUUUACCCAAGUUGGGGCUUGAACCCGCAACCCUGAAGAUGAAGAAUCUGACCCUAUACUAGCUGAGCUCUCCCAGGAGGUUUGUGUCUGCGGAAGACCUGUUUCUGCAUGAAAUGAGCCCUUGUGGGCGCCAGGCUUCCCUGUGCUCCAAAGAGGAGCUCCUGCUCGGUCCAAAGUACAACCCCAUCGUUCUGCCCGGACGCUGAGGUCCAGUGCCGAGGGCCUUCUGGCUGUUCCCUUGCUGCGAGAAGUGAGGUUACAGGGAACCAGACAGAGGGCCUUCUCGGUGGUGGCACCCGCCCUGUGGAACGCCCUCCCACCAGAUGUCAAAGAGAUAAACAACUACCUGACAUUCAGAAGACAUCUGAAGGCAGCCCUGUUCAGGGAGGCUUUUAAUGUUUAACAGACCACUGUAUUUUAAUAUUCGGUUGGAAGCCACCCAGAGUGGCUGGGGAAACCCAGCCAGAUGGGUGGGGUAUAAAUAAAUUAUUAUUAUUAUUAUUAUUAUUAUUAUUACAGUUACACCCUUGUAGAGGGACACAGGUGGCACUGUGGGUUAAACCACUGAGCCUAGGUUUUGCCAAUCAGAAGGUUGGCGGUUCGAAUCCCCGCGACGGGGUGAGCUCCCGUUGCUCGGUCCCUGCUCCUGCCCACCUAGCAGUUCAAAAGCACGUCAAAGUAGAUAAAUAGGUACCGCUCUGGCGGGAAGGUAAACGGCAUUUCCGUGCACUGCUCUGGUUUUCCAGAAGCGGCUUAGUCCUGCUGGCCACAUGACCCGGAAGCUGUACGCCGGCUCCCUCGGCCAGUAAAGCGAGAUGAGCACCGCAACCCCAGAGUCGGCCACGACUGGACCUAAUGGUCAGGGGUCCCUUUACCUUUACUAUACCCUUGCAGAGCAGCGAUUCCACACCCUUCUCUCUUUUUCUGCUGCAGGACCAGCUGCUGUUCUGCGACGACUGUGACCGGGGCUACCACAUGUAUUGCCUGAGCCCACCCAUGGCUGAGCCCCCCGAAGGUGAGGAGGGACCCCACCCUAGGCAAGGUGGCUUGGUGGGGAGGGGCAGGGGGAAAAGGCGCCCCCGUCUGAUGCUUCUCUGCCUUUCUCCACUCGUUUCCAGGAACCUGGAGCUGCCAUCUGUGCCUGCGGCAGCUGAAGGAGAAGGCGUCUGCCUACAUCACCCUGACCUAGGCUGGGGGCCCGUCGGCCCCCCCUUUUCCCGUCCUCGCCCCACUCCUCCGUGCCCUUAGCCGUGAUGGUGCUGAGCCUUGCCAGGCCUUGGGGCGUUUGUUGCCCUCUCGCCUGCCACAACAACCUUUUCUCCUCCAUCCCCAUCUCUCUCCGUGCCCCCCCCCAGCUGCAGCUAAGGGGGGGUGCGAACCCUGCCUGUGUCUCCUGCUGGCUGUCACCAAAACUCAAGACUCAAAAGCCAUAAAAGCCAGGGGUAGGCAGCUGCCAGCACAGCAGCCGCUCCUGGCCCUUUGCCCCCCCCUCUAGAUGCAUGUGAAAGUGGGCAGGUCCCGCCCCCC